ACAUGGCAAAUUUGGCAAAAAUGUCGGAACAAGAGAUCACACAACAAUUGAAGGAACUAGCCAACAAUGUCGUGAACGGUGACGUGGGUGAACGAGCGGCACUUUUUCAGAGUAUCACCGGAAUUGUUGAAGGAGAAGGCGUGACGUCGACUGUCGUGCGUUUGAUAUGCAAAAUAGUGGCAACCACCUUGACCAAGUACAAGGACCCCUUUUCGCAGGGUCUCAUCAAGGGUUUGAUCCUGUCGAUGCUGAAACACCAUCCGGAUGCCACCGUGGAACACUUUAACGCCGUCUUCAAGGCUCUCGUGACGAAAGAAUUGCCGAAUGCGCCGCCGCUGAAGGGGGCCCAAGCUGCCGUUAUCGCGCUCAACUGGUCCGUCAUCAUUGCGACAAACGCCAAGCCCGGCCCGGAGCUCAACAAACUCAAGGAAUUCCAGUUGGGACUUUAUCAGCUCGCCAUUGCCUGCGGAAAUGAGAAACUUUGGGACAUGGCGUACGAAAUUUUGAAAGUUUUAUUCGCAAAAGUCCAAAAUUCGCGGGAACAGUACUUUGACAAGUUGUUACAAGCGGAACCAGGUCUGCCGGGAGUCACUUUGUACCUCAUGGCGUAUUUGCGAUUUGCAAAAGAGGAAAAUGAUGAACCGGAGCUGCUGGAAAAAAAUAAAACUAAAAUUGUGGAACAUUUUAUCAAGAGUCUCGUGACGGUGAAGACCAAACCGAAUGCGUUUCACAUCACGGCAUGUCGAGUUUUGCUGAAAUCCUUGACGAAGGAGGAAUUUAAGACGGCAGUGUUGCCGCAUUUGUCGCGAGCGAUGCUCAGAAGUCCCGAAAUUAUUUUGCAAGGCGUUGGAGCGAUUGUGAAGGAGUUGCAGCUGGAUAUCAGUGAUUGUAGCAUGGAUUUGGGAAAGACGUUGAUUCAGAAUUUGUAUUCGAAAAAUGAUGCGGCGCGAGCGGAAGCCGUGGAAUCGUUGAGAUGCGUUGCGGAAAAGUGUAAUGACGUGGCAGCGAUUCAGGCGUUAGUUAAUCAGGCGUUUGCGGUGCUGAAUGGAGCUGAUGGGAAAAUUACAGUGGCGGAAUAUCGGAUUAAUGUGCUGCAGGGCAUCGGCAACCUCAGUCAAAACAACUGCCCCUCCGACGACAUUCCAAAGAUCCUCCCAGCCAUUUCAGAGCACUUUGUCAAAGCCCUCGAGAGUGAAAUCCAGGAAAAAGUUCUUUGUCACGCCCUCGAAAUGUUCGCUCUGUGGUCCGUGCAGUUCAACGACGAGAUUCCCCCAAAAAUUGUCGCCGCCUUCAAAAAGGGACUGGAAUCCAAAUCCCCUCAAACCCGCAUCAGUUACUUGCAGUGGUUCCUUUCGUGCCUCCAAAACGGUCGUUUACCCUCUGGCGUGACUUUCACCUCGGAACUCGCAAAACUCGUAGAAAAAGCUGCUCAAAACACGACCCAAAUCCCCGUUGUCGCCGAAGGAUUGAGCGCCGCUUGCAUAAAUCUCAUCACAAAAGACGUUUCAUCGGAUGCCGCACGCAAUUCCUUGAACAUUGUGCUCGACAUGAACAAACAAGUAUUCGUCAACGAUAAAUUUUUGGUGGCUGCACACGGAAUUACGCCGUAUUACGUCGCUCUGAUGUGCGAAAAACUCCUGUUGGAACAUUUCGAUGAGCUCAAAGGCAGUCCCGAGCCACUUUUCAAGGCUUUGAUUUACUGCGUCAACCACGUAAACGCCAAAGUUCGCGAAUUAUGCGUGAAAUUGCUGAAAAAUAUCGUUCAAAGCAAGGAAGGAGUCAAAUUAGCAAAUCAAUUAUUGAGCGAAUUGACAAAUUUCAUGCAAAUUUCAAAGAUUCACGGUGAAGGAACGUCGUCAGAUGAACAAUCAAUACCUGUACAAGCAUUUAUCGACUCGAUUUUGGUCAUGACCGACAUUCCCAAUGUCCAUCCCGUGGAUGCGCAACAAAUAACGCUGAACUCGUUGCUUUGCUGUCACGUCGCCGAAGUGUUUAGUGCGCAACCAAAGCUAUGGGAGACGAUUACAGCUCGUCUGGAGCAAGAUCCGAAGCAGGUUUUGUUGCUAAAUAAGCAAAAAGUGAACGAAUUGGUGCUGGAAAAGUACAAACCGAGUGUCAUGUUCGAGAAUACCGUCGCUACUGUGGUAAAAAUUUGUCCCUCGGUGCUUCUCCCGACAAUUGUCUCGCAAAUUUUGGAAGAUUUUGGCAAACCAGAGAUGACCGAAGUCACAGAUGAUGAAUAUUUCACAUUUCUCACGCCCGACGGCGAGCUCUACGAUAAAAGUGUCCUGCCUGAUUCCGAUGCAAACAUCAAAACGGACCAUCUAAAGCGUGAAAAUAAGGCUUACAGUUACAAAGAACAGCUCGAGGAGCUCCAAUUACGUCGCGAAAUCGAAGCUAAGAAAAAAGCUGAAGGAAAAUGGAAGCCGCCACAGUUGACGCCCAAGCAAAAAGAAGCCAUCAAGAACCAAACGGACAAGGAAAAUGCGAUUAAAGCUCGUCUCCGUGCGUUAAACGAGAAAAUUGACACCGCAGUGUCGCAAUUACGUGGCGCCUCGAAGGGAAAUGGCAAACAACUGUCGACAUAUUUCGCGACAAUCCUUCCGUCGGUCCUGCGGAUGUUCAAAUCUCCCUUGGCAGCUCCUGCGUUGACCAAAUUGUACUACGACUUGCACAAUUCCUGCUUCGGCGAAGACUGGAGGGCACUUGGAGGGUCCAUUGCGAUUGCCACAAUUCGUCAGCACAACCCAAAAUGCGAUCUGAAAGAGGAAUGGAACAAUUUGGACCUGAAAGAGUUCAUUUCGGAGACUUUGGAAGAUCUUUAUGGUGAAACGGUGGAAAUGUUGGCCGAUGAGGACAAUGAAAAAGAGCAAUUUGAGUGCAUGUUGGAAAGUACGGCCUUUUGUUAUGCCUUUGAUUUCCUCAAAGCGUCGCUAGCGUCGAAAUAUCUCGAGGAUCAGGAAGAACUUUUGAUCAAGGGCAUUCAAGUUGUCUCGUUGCACGCGCAAACCAGGGGAAAUUCAGAGUCGGUAGAGGCUGGGGAGGAUUAUCGGCAUCCAAAAUAUUUGCCAAGACUGGAAAUGAUGAAGACAUUGCUUGAGUUGAUAAUUAAACAUCGAGGACGAGUACAGUCGCAAGCGGUUUCUGCCUUUUUGGAAGUUGCGGAAAGCUCGUCGGGCAAGGAGGGAUGUGCAAAAGCUGAAAAACAGGAAAUUGAGUGUUUGUUGCAGGCCAUGCAAAACUCCUUGGAUGUCGUUCGUGACGUUGCCCUACGUGGAUUAACCGCCAUGAUCGAAGUCCUUCCACGCAUCGAAGACGACUACGAUUUCGGUCUCAAACUCAUCCGCCGCGUUUGGGUCGCCCGUUUCGACGUCAACGAAGAAAACAUCGACCUAGCAGAUUCCUUAUGGACAAACGCCAAUUUCGAAGUUCCCAUCGUCCUAACAGACGAACUCUUAAAAGACGUCAUCCAUCCGGAGCCUUGCAUCCAAAAAGCUGGCGCCGCCGCUCUAGUUGCCGUCCUCAAAGAAGACCCAUCGAUGGUGAAAGGCGUUCUGGAGCAACUUUUGGAAAUUUACAACGAAAAACUCACGAUGAUCCCCGCCGUGCUCGACCAAUUCGAUCGCGAAAUCGAGCCAGCACGCGAUCCCUGGGGUCCGAGACGCGGCGUGGCAACCGCCAUUUGUCAAAUUUCGCAAUUUUUCGACUUGGAAACCGUGGAAAGUGUCAUGCAGUUUAUGGUGGCGACUGGAUUGCGGGAUCGCGAGGAACUCGUGCAAAAGGAGAUGUUGACAGCAGCAUUGGCGGUGGUUGAUUGUCACGGCAAGGACUGUAUUGGGCAUUUAUUGCCUGUUUUUGAGGAAUUUUUGGAUAAAACGCCAAAUAGCAGUUCUUACGACAAUAUUCGGAUGUCGGUUGUCAUCAUUAUGGGAUCUCUGGCUCGUCAUUUGGACAAAGAUGAUGCAAAAAUCCAACCAAUUGUCAAUAAAUUGCUCUCGGCUCUUUCGACGCCGUCGCAACAAGUACAAGAAGCCGUUGCCGCAUGUCUCCCGUACUUGAUUCCAUCGAUGAAGGACCAAGCAAAUGCGAUUGUGAAGAAACUCCUGACGCAACUCGUCAAAUCCGAGAAAUAUGGCGAGCGACGAGGCGCGGCAUACGGUUUGGCGGGUCUCGUAAAGGGUUUGGGCAUCCUUUCGUUGAAACAAUUGGACAUCAUGAAGAAACUCACCAACUUCAUAACCGACAAAAAAAGUUACAAGUCUCGCGAAGGCGCUUUAUUCGCCUUUGAGAUGCUUUGUUCGACUCUGGGAAGACUUUUUGAGCCAUAUAUCGUUCAUGUGUUGCCUCACUUGCUCCAAUGCUUCGGCGAUUCAUCUCAAUUUGUCCGACAAGCUGCUGAUGAUACCGCAAAAGUCGUUAUGGGCAAGUUAUCUGCUCACGGAGUGAAACUAGUGCUGCCAUCUUUGCUAAAAGCGCUCGACGAAGACUCGUGGCGCACGAAAACGGCAUCGGCAGAACUCUUGGGAGCCAUGGCUUAUUGUGCCCCGAAGCAACUUUCGUCUUGUUUGCCCUCGAUUGUGCCGAAAUUGAUGGAAGUGCUGUCAGAUUCGCACAUAAAAGUGCAGGAAGCGGGCGCGGAUGCUCUCAAAGUCAUCGGAUCAGUCAUUAAAAAUCCGGAAAUUCAAGCGAUUGUGCCGGUUUUGCUGCGAGCCUUGGAAGAUCCGUCGAACAAGACGCAAAAAUGUCUGCAGAGCUUGCUGGAUUUGAGAUUUAUUCAUUUUGUGGAUGCGCCAAGUUUGGCUCUGAUUAUGCCAGUAGUGGAAAGAGCUUUCAUGGAUCGUUCGACAGAAACGAGAAAAAUGGCUGCGCAAAUUAUUGGAAACAUGUAUUCGCUUACGGAUCAGAAGGAUUUGGCGCCAUAUUUGCCAAAUAUUAUUCCGGGAUUGAAAGCUUCUUUGUUGGAUCCUGUGCCGGAAGUUAGAAGUGUGUCUGCGAGAGCUCUUGGAGCAAUGGUCAAAGGAAUGGGCGAAUCCUCCUUCGAAGAUUUACUGCCGUGGUUGAUGCAAACUCUCACCUCCGAGUCCAGCAGUGUCGAUCGUUCGGGCGCCGCGCAAGGUUUAUCCGAAGUUGUUGGUGGCUUGGGCGUCGAAAAACUCCACAAACUCAUGCCAGAAAUUAUCGCCACUGCGGAACGUACCGACAUCGCGCCUCACGUGAAAGACGGCUACAUCAUGAUGUUCAUUUACAUGCCAAGUGCUUUCCCGAACGACUUUACGCCGUACAUCGGUCAAAUUAUUAAUCCAAUUUUGAAAGCACUUGCCGACGAGAACGAAUACGUUCGAGAUACCGCCUUGAAAGCCGGACAGCGAAUCGUCAAUUUGUACGCCGAGUCGGCAAUUACUUUGCUUUUGCCGGAAUUGGAACGCGGAUUGUUCGAUGACAACUGGCGCAUUCGGUACAGCAGUGUUCAGCUCUUGGGCGACUUGUUGUACCGCAUUUCGGGUGUCAGUGGCAAGAUGACGACAGAAACUGCCUCGGAAGACGACAAUUUCGGCACGGAACAAUCGCACAAAGCGAUCAUCAGAGCUUUGGGCACGGAACGACGUAAUCGGGUGCUCGCUGGUUUGUACAUGGGUCGCAGUGAUGUCUCGCUGAUGGUUCGACAAGCCGCCUUGCAUGUGUGGAAAGUCGUUGUUACCAAUACCCCGAGAACGCUUAGAGAAAUUUUACCAACACUCUUCGGACUGCUGCUCGGAUGUUUGGCAAGUAAGAGUUACGAUAAGCGUCAAGUUGCUGCUAGAACCUUGGGAGAUUUGGUACGGAAAUUGGGAGAACGAGUUUUGCCCGAAAUUAUUCCAAUUUUGGAACGGGGACUCAAUUCGGAUCAGCCCGAUCAACGUCAAGGUGUUUGCAUUGGUUUGUCGGAAAUUAUGGCGUCGACUUCGAGAGAUAUGGUGCUCACGUUCACAGAUAGUCUCGUGCCAACUGUGCGGAAAGCUCUCAGUGAUCCAUUGCCAGAGGUCCGUCAAGCUGCUGCCAAGACCUUCGACUCGUUACACUCAACCGUUGGAACGCGUGCAUUAGACGACAUCCUCCCCUCCAUGUUGAACAGCUUAUCAGAUCCCGACCCAAUUGUCGCUGAAUGCACUUUGGACGGCUUACGUCAAGUCAUGGCGAUCAAAUCUCGCGUCGUCUUGCCGUAUCUCGUGCCGCAACUCACCGCCAAGCCCAUCAACACAAAAGCUCUGUCAAUUUUGGCCUCCGUCGCUGGCGAAGCUCUCACAAAAUACCUCCCAAAAAUAUUGCCAGCACUACUUUCGGCUCUGGCAGGAGCCCAAGGCACUCCCGAAGAAAGUCAAGAGCUCGAUUAUUGCCAGGCGGUAAUUUUAUCGGUUUGUGACGAAGUUGGAGUUCGCAUCGUGGUCGAUACGUUACUCGAUUCCGCCAAAUCUACAGAUUUACCGACGAAAAAGGCAGCUUCUCAGUUGUUAUGCGCUUUUUGUACUCAUUCUCCGGGCGAUUAUUCGCAAUAUGUGCCACAAAUGCUUCGGGGACUGCUGCGUUUGCUCGCCGACGAGGAUCGUGAUGUGCUCCAACGUUCCUGGGACGCCCUGAAUUCCGUCACAAAAACUUUGGACUCGGCGCAACAAAUUGCUCACGUCUCUGACGUACGUCAAGCAGUGAAAUUUGCCGCCAGCGACAUCAAAAACGGCGAAUUACCCGGUUUUUGCUUGCCAAAGGGCAUCACACCGCUCCUGCCAGUGUUCCGCGAGGCAAUUUUGAACGGUUUACCGGAAGAAAAGGAAAAUGCGGCACAAGGAUUGGGCGAAGUGAUUCAACUUACGUCGGCAGCAAGUCUCCAACCGUCAGUGGUGCACAUCACGGGUCCCCUAAUUCGUAUUCUCGGCGAUCGUUUCAAUGCGGGCGUCAAAGCAGCCGUGCUGGAGACACUUGCCAUCCUGUUGCACAAAGUCGGCGUCAUGCUGAAACAAUUUUUGCCGCAAUUACAAACGACUUUCCUCAAAGCGUUACAUGACCCGAACCGAAGUGUUCGCAUGAAAGCCGGUCAUGCGUUGGCAGAACUCGUCGUAAUUCAUCCGCGACCCGAUCCGCUCUUCACCGAGAUCCACAACGGCAUCAAGGCGGUCAACACCGAAGAUCCCACGAUCAAGGAAACGAUGUGUCAAGCCUUGCGUGGCCUCCUAACACCCUCCGGGGACAAACUUUCGGAGCCAUUAAAGCGUCAAAUUUACCAAACGCUCACCACGAUGCUGGGAAUUCCCGAGGAUGUCGCUCGCAGUGCCGCCAGUGGGUGUUUUGGCGCCUUACUGAAGUGGUUGAACGCCGAUCAGCUCGACGACGCACUCACAAAUCACAUUUUGAACGAAGACAGUGGCGAUGAUUGGGCUUUGCGACACGGCAGAUCAGCAGCGCUCUUCGUUGCACUCAAAGAAGCACCCGGAACGGUCUUUGUGGACAAAUAUCAAGCGAAAAUCUGCAAAAAUAUCAUCGGAAAUAUCACGAAUGAACGUUUACAGAUCGCCAAUAACGCAAUUCGGGCGGGAGUUUACCUUUUCCAAUAUUGCUUGACGGAAAAACAUCAAUUGCCGCCAAAUCUAAUUUCACCUUUCGUCAAAUCCAUGAACCACCAAAGUCACGAAGUCAAACAAAUUCUCGCGAAAAGUUGUAUUUACCUUGCGAAAGUCGUGGCGCCGGAAAAUAUGACGCCGGAACUCUUAAAAGCGCUUAUUCCGAUGCUCGUGAAUGGCACAAAGGAGAAAAAUGGAUACGUAAAGUCAAAUUCCGAAAUUGCCCUGAUUGAAAUUUUAGGGUUGCGAAGUGGGGAGGACCAAUUCCAGAAGACUUUGGGACUGUUAGAGGUUGGCGCUCGUGAUUCUCUGAACGAAGUGGCGACAAAAGUGUUGCGAAAGACGUUACUUUUGCCGCAACCGGGCAAAGACGAGGAACUGGAUGACACGCUACUUUCAUGAUCAGCUAAAAAUAAAAUUAAAAGAAGACAUUUUUAUUGGGACAACAACAUUAUUACUCUUAUUCAAACAUUUUAUAAAAUUAUUACUAAAAUACACAAAAUUAAUCCCCUACAUGAAAAUUUCCAGCAUUUUUGGAAAUAUUGUCAUCAAUAUGAUAUUUCUUUGUACUUUAAAAAUGGA